ACGUAUGAAGCUGUGGGGCAGACGGCGGAGAGACGACAUUGACCCAAAGACACGACCGCGUUUAACAUCGACUCCAAUGCGCCGGUCCAAUCGAAUCUCGACUCGAAGUUGCCCAUUUGGACGAACGUUCUUGUAGCGUGUGCAGUUCUACCUGUGGAUCUGUGGAUAGUAAACGCAGCUAACAGUUCUAUCCAUCCGCCGAUGUAUCUAUACGCUUAUGGAAAACGAAAGAGAACUUUAUUACAUCGCAAACAGUUCUAUCCUUUCGGUUUUUUGGGAAUUAGCCACAUAUCGAACCUUUUCGACUACCCAAAAGGUCCAACUGGCCAACGAUUCGUGUCUAUGGGAUAUAAAUGCCACUACGGAAGAAAGGGAGGCCGAACACAACCUGUCGUUGGAUAUAACACUUAGUGAAUCGUCCGUAGUCGGGCCACCCGACACUUAUCCCAAUCCGGGUUAUCUAGCUAACGUAGCUAUUGCUGUACCUAUGGGAAUAAGUCUAUACACUUUGAGCCUUCUUACCUUUGUGGGCAACGCUAUGGUCCUUCACGCAAUCAGAACGGAAAGGAGAUUACAGACGGUGAGCAACAUGUUCAUAAUGAGCUUAGCCAUUGCUGAUCUUACAGUCGGAAUGUUUGUCAUGCCAAUAAGUUCUGCUUAUGCCAUAACUGGAGAUUGGAAAUUCGGAAUUGUAGUUUGCCAGUUUUGGCUGUCUGCUGAUUAUUCGGCAAGUACGGCUUCCAUUUUAAACUUGCUAAUCCUCAGCUUGGAUCGUUAUUGGUCAAUUCGUUCUCCACUCAAGUACAUUCGCAAACGAACCAAGAAGAGGGCACUCGUAAUGAUCGCCAUUGUUUGGUUGGUAUCUGCCAUGUGGAUAAUCCCCAUUAUCGGAUGGCAUUAUUGGUACAAUGAUGGAAUACGCAAACAACCCGAUAGCGUUUGCGAAACGGAAUUUGCUGAUAAUGUAUUUUUUAAAUUGACUACUUCGACAGCUAACUUCUAUGUACCAAUGGUGCUCAUGAUAUGUCUCUACGUUAAAAUAUUUUCAGAAAUUAAAAAGAGGAGCCAAUUCGAGAUAGGACAAUGCAACGUUCGCGGGCAACAGCAAUUAGAAUGUAGAAAUGGUACCAAUAAUAGAGAAAACAGAAGAGAUUGGAGUGAUGUCAGCUUCCGGCGCACAGAUAGUAGAGUCGUGUUUCGACCAUCUCCAAAUGAUAGAAAAUUUCAACAGUUAACUCUAUUAACAGUUCAGAAUUCUAACGGGGAUCAAGCUCAACAAUCUGAACAUUAUCAAGGAGUUACAGUUAAAGUAGAGUAUGUGGGAGACGGUUCGAGAGAAGAAGUGAGACCAGUUCUACGUUCUGACGAAAGAGUGGGGGGAAGUUUUCGCUCUGGGAGUGGUCUUCUACCAAAUUUAUCAACAGCUAUUCGCAUGAAAGUUACUAGGAGGACAAUAACUAAUUUAAGACAAGAGAAAAAAGCAGCGAGGCAGUUAGGUGUUAUCAUGGGAGCGUUUGUGUUGUGUUGGUUGCCAUAUAUAAUUACGUUUAUGGUUACUGCUUACUGUGAAGAUUGUAUCAAUCCGGACGUCCACACUGCUACGAUAUGGCUGGGUUACUUAAAUUCUACUAUGAAUCCCUUUCUUUAUGCUUUAUGUAAUGCGAAUUUUAAGAGAGCAUUCAAAAAACUAUUUUGUCGAAGUAAUAAAGCCAUGUUUACUACUUCUACCUCUUCUAAACCCGAUCAACUCUUCGCUUAAUCAUUCUGUAAGAUUUUCUUUUUUCCCCUUCCUUGUCAUUAAAUAUCAGAAAAAAAAAAUCAAAAUACUGUCUCACUAAAUUAUAAUUUCUCUGAAUUCUUAGUUGAGGAUGUAAAUAAAAUAAAAGAUCGUACAUUGUAUAUUAAUAUUUUACAUACAACAUAUCGUUGUAUAUAUCUAAUAGAGAA